GAUUGUAUAUUAUAUAACGACUGAAAAGAAAAAUAUAACUCUUGCCAUGUUAGGAUAAUAAAAAACGAAAUAAUCGUUUAAGGGGAAUCCCGAGCGGGAAUAAUAAAAAGAGAAGAAAUUGUUUUAAAAAAUGGGAUUUCAAUGUAGAGUUGAGGUUUAAUAUAAUAACGAAUUAGGGAAAUCCCAAGGUAAGAUGACGAAUAAUAAAAUAAAAAGAUAAAAAUAUAAAAAGACGAAUAAAAUCAUAAGCAUACCUUUCACGUAAACUGGAUAAACAUGAGCGAGCCAAGCGUCAAGGGCGUACAAUGAACUCUGUAAUAUAGUAAAAUUUAGUAAAUAGGCAACAUGAUGCAUAAAGGAGAUCAUGCAUGAGGGAUAAUAGGAAUUUACAAUCAUACGUAAAAAAGAAAUAGAAAAGAAAUAAAUAAAUAAAAAGAAGAGGAACAAAGGGAAACCUUCUUAUAACUUAUCUACCAUCUCUAAGUAUCAAGGUUAACAACAUGUUGGUGAUCGUGAUAGGUGGUGUGGAUGUACAGUAGUAGAUUGGAAUAAAGCAUCGUGUGGAACCAGAAUUUUCUCUCAGUUCGUUUGUGCGAGCGUUCGGUAUUAAUCAUUAAGUUCGAAAGCACCCGAGACUUCGGUUUACCUCGCGUGUUUUUUCGAUCAGUCGUUUUCGUGCAGAGUUCACUGACGGCAUCCAAAUCGAGUGGUCGUUGCUAUUUUAGACUCUUUUCUCUCGAACGAAUCCCAUUAAUCAAGUUACAUUUUUUUUUUCAUCUUCGAAACCGGUUGUUUGUUCAAUUUGGCUACGUACAGCCGAAUAAUAAGAAUAAUUCUUUUUAAGAUACUCUCGUUAUUUCUUUUGGUAGUCUUGCAAGGUCUUUGGCAACAUUCAUCCACCUUAGUUCUUCUUUAACGUCGAGUGAAACAGUUGUAAAGAGUGAAGAAAUCAGAACAAUGGAUACAAUACCGACGAUACCAGAAUGGUUCAAGGACCGGAAGGUUCUUAUUACCGGUGCUACCGGAUUUAUGGGAAAAGUAAUGAUUUACAAAUUAUUAAUGAGCUGUCCGGACAUUGGAAAUAUUUUUCUCAUCAUUAGAGGAAAAAAGGGUGUGGAUACUCAAUCAAGAUUGAAGAUCAUCACUGAUGGUGAAUCAUUUCGCGAGGUUCGAGAAAAGUAUCCGGAAAGAUUGAAGAAAAUAAUUGCUAUACCCGGUGAAAUAACGAUAGAUGGAUUAGGUUUGGCUGAAGCUGACAAGGAAAGAUUAUUGAAAGAAAUUUCUGUGGUAUUUCAUACGGCUGCAAAUGUUAAAUUUGAUCUUCCAUUGAAGACCGCAGUGAAUACUAAUACGAAGAGUACCAUGAAUGUUUUAGCCUUUGCUAAACAGAUGCCUCACCUUGAGUCCAUCGUACACGUAUCCACAUCAUAUUGUCAGUGCAGCGAGGAAAUAUUAGAAGAACGUGCAUAUCCAACAGCAAUUUCGCCAGAAAGUGUAAUAUCCAUUGUUAACACGAUGCCUGAUGAUGUUGUAGACGCAAUGACACCUAAAUUGCUCGGUAAACAACCGAAUACUUAUGCGUUUAGCAAAUCACUCAGCGAGGAUCUUUUGUACAGAUCUAAUUUACCUGCUGGAGUAGCUCGUCCCUCGAUAGUGAUAGCAUCAUGGAAAGAACCGACACCAGGUUGGAUCGAUAAUAUAAAUGGCCCAACUGGACUGAUGAUUGGUGCAGGGAAAGGUGUAAUACGUACGAUGCUUUGCAACGGGGAUUAUUUGACGGAUAUAAUGCCCUGCGAUAUUGCUGUCAAUUCAAUUAUAGCUUUGGCUUGGCACGUUGGUUUAGAAAAACCCGAGAAACCUAUUUUCAUGAAUGUCACCGAAAGCGGAGACAAUCCUGUAUCUUGGAACGAAAUAAUAGAAAUUGGAAGGAAACAAGCUCUGAGUAAUCCAUUUUCUGGACUGCUAUGGUAUCCAGGUGGAGGAGUAACUUCAUGGAAACUCUUACAUUGGUUUACCGUGUUAUUCUUGCAUUUUAUACCAGCGUAUCUUUUAGAUGCUAUUAUAGUUUUAACUGGAAAUAAACCAUUCUUAGUGAGAGUCCAUCAAAGAAUCACAUAUGGUUUAGAAUUACUGCAAUAUUACACUACUAGAGAAUGGAUAUUUUUAAACGAAGUGAAGAAAGAUUUGCAAAAUCGUCUUUGUCCGAAAGAUAGAGAGACGUUUUUCAUGGAUACUAAAGCCAUAUCUUGGGACGAAUAUAUGCAAAAUUAUAUUCUAGGAACAAGAAAGUAUUAUUUGAAAGAUGAUCUUUCAACCUUACCUCGUGCAAGACAAGUUUUAUCAUAUUUUUAUAUAGCCGAUUGUAUAGUGAAAAUUCUUUUUGGGAUACUUAUCGCAUGGAUUAUUUAUUCUUGGAUGAAUACAUCCAAUGGAGUAGCCGCGGCAUUAAUUGAGAAAAACGAAAUCUAAAAGAAUUUAUAUCUUUUAUCGACUUAACAUUAUCUGUUUUAUCAAUUUAGUAGUAGCUGUUUUAUCGACUUACUUUCAUCUACCUUAUCGGCCGGAUAUUAUCUGUUUUGUCGACUGGAUAUUAUCUGCAUUAUCGGCUCAGUAGCAUCUGUCUUAUCGACUCGAUGAUAUCUACCUUAUCAAUUUGAUGACAUUUACUUUACCGACUUAUAGUAUCUUACAGUUUCUUGAUGUAUCAUCAAGAAUCUCAAAAAAAAAAAUAUUUAUUAAUAAAUAAUAUCUUUCUUAGAGAGAAAGACAAAGAGAGAGAGAGAGAGAGAGAGGAAAAAAAAGAGUGUGUGCAAGAAGAAUUUAAUUCAAAAUAGUGUGAUCUGUUUAAAACAAGGAAAGAUAUAUAAAUUCUUCCACUUGGUGGCUUUUUUAUUGUUAUAUUUUUUGU